GUGAACUGAGACAAGUUCCCUCACUCUUCUUUCAGUUGCAAUUAUCGUAAUUCCACGAAAUGGGCUUCUCGUAACCAUCAGCUACGUGCAGCAUGCAGGACCUACAACACUUCGGGCCACGUCACGCUGUGCAAUUCCACUUAGGCCCUGCCGCGUCAUGCUCUUUCGGAACUGCAUGUCAUGCUCGGUCUCCAUCUCCCUCUCUGUCCCUCUUGAGGAAAAAUUACGUGAAAUCGUCCUGGAUUCAUUCAUGGGCGCACAAUUUCGAUCGCCGCGGGGCCUAACGACGAAGCAGAGCAAUUUCCAGGCUGCUGUUGAUUGCGGCGUUCGACGCUCCUCCUAGUUGAGGCCGUGGGAUCUACGCAUCCGUGCUUGUUGUGUUUGGAAUUUCGCAGACGGGGAAUUUCGCUCCGUCAUCUGCUGAGUCUCCACACCGAGGUGAUUGUCCGGUGUGGGCUGGGGAGUUCGCGAACAAGUGCGCGCUGCGAUGUCUGGAGCACGGCGGUUGCCUAUGGUCCAGCGACUGGGAGUACUGGCGGCCUUUAAUGUGGCUGUGUACUUCGCGUACAUUCAAGUCAUUGAGAGGUCAAAGCAAAGAGGAGGUAGUUUCUCGAAAGACGGUUAUGACUACUGGAGCAUGUUCAAAAAGCCGAAGCACCAGUUGGAGCUGGAAGAGAAGGUUGUAGCAGAAAAGAAAGCUCAAGGUUGAUAGAAUAUCUCUGAUGAAUUCGCCUUGUCGUGCUGCGAAUGUUCCAUAAAUAGAUUAGUGCUAGGCCUUACAACUGGUACUCUGUAGCCUUAACAAAAACUCGAAUUUCCUGUAUUUAAGGUGUCAUUGGGAGGCUGGAAAGUCAAUACGCUAGUAAUACCAGUUAGCAAGCUCCUCUCGUUUUUCCAAGACACAUCAGUUCAAGCAACUAUUACGAGUUCGGUAAUGUGAGGAGUUGACUGAACAUAUGCCUAGUGUCUCUACUAUAUUGAGAGCAACGGAUUGAGAUCGUCAGAAUUUGCUAUUGUAGAGAGCAUGGAGAGCAGAGGUAAAGCUUCGAAUGACAAGCUAUCAGCUCUCUCAGUGGGAAAAGAAUUCAUUCCCGAUGGAUGUGUUUGUAGAUGAUUCUGGAUCAAAAGUAAAGAAAAGGGAAAUUAUAUCGUGAGGUAGCUUUGGUGAAAAGCGAGAACGUGGCAUUUUUCUUGAGGGGAGCGAUGUCCUUGGUUGAAAGUUUUUCCAAGGAAGUGGAGGAAGACUCAACAGCAGCUAGGAAUACACUAUCUUCCUCUUACUUGAUGUUUCAGCAAAGGCAGGACGAGGAGGCUGUUCUCCACACUGAACCCUCUGAUGGCCCUCCCGACGGUUUCUUUUCAUUAUCCACAUGCGGAUUAGAAAUCUCUACUCGCGCUUGAGUCGGUAGGCACGCCGAUGCGCGGCGUAGUGAAUGAUGUUCGGGUGUGGAAGAAGUUCAGUCUUCGACUCCCCUUAAGCGAAGACAUGUGAGAUGACAUUCUUAUGAUAGUUGUCAAGAGGGCCAACAGAAAGCUGAAGAGUACGAGGCUUGUAAUGUGCCUAAUGAUCAGUGAUGCAGGACUGGCUAUGUGCUGUCUCUCUGUCCAGAGCUUGAGAAGGGUGAAGUAAGUCUUUGGAAGGGGAUGCCUGGUAUCAAACAGUAGCGAGGUAGAGGAACAUUCAACAUAAACGCCAACACUGGAAUGCCCUUAGAGACAUGGUUUUGAGCAGUAGGGAACAUCAGUCAACGCUCAUCAGACCUAUUUAACGGAAUGCAGAUCCUCUAUCAGUAGCGGGUGACGAACGAGAUAUCGAUGUUGGAACGCUAAUGGGCAAAGUUUCUGUACUACUAAGUUGUCACAACGAGGGGUGUGCGGUCUAUUUACCAAAAUUCAAUGAGUGCUGUACUUGUUUUCUUAAGGAUUAGGAGUUGAAGAAACCAGUUUCAAAGACCUUGUUUGUUUGAGCUGCUGGUUGCAAUCUACGAAUUGAGGACAAUGGAAGGGUGCCACCAGCAGGUAGCACAAGGCGAAGUUCCGUGAAGGGCACUCAUGUAACAAUGUGAUCUGUGAGGACUGCUUAUAAUUUUUACGGAGAAAAAAUAUAUCUGGAAGUUUGUGAUGAUGUCAUUUCUGGAGCCUACGGAUCGGUUUAAUUCUGGGCAUGGAGUUGAAUCGUUGAUUUCAGGAGAAUUGGAUCAUACGAAAGAUGAAAUUUUGAGAUCACAGGUGAUGCUUUUCAACUUCGAUUCUUACGAUGACAUGGGGUUUAUUUUAAGUUCCAGUUAACCCAGCUAUUUACAGCAACGUCGUACGACUGUAAGCUAUAUAAGCCCCUUUGUGCGUUUUGUUUCGAGCGUCAGCUCUUGAUUCUUCAUCAUUCUAGAUGGAUGGGGAAUAUGGAUGGAAAACGACAAUUCAUCUCCUUAAUAAGUUGCUAGAAUUGUAUACUCGAGUGAAGUAAUAUAUCUAUGUUGGGUGAGAUACUGUGGACUUCGAGAACUUGCUAUUGUAGUGGCUUUUUCAAGUUACACUUGGAGAGAUUUUUUUUUACUUUGCGGGGAUGGAAGAGAAAACGG